AUGGUCUUUACUACCCCUGCCUUCACUCGCUUUCUGAUAUCAUCAAGCUGGAAACUCCCAACACUUCGACAAUUCAUCCAGUGGUCGCCGGCCGUUGUCCCUACAUCUGGCAUCUCGACUCCAACCGUAGAGCGAAAUGUGCAGCCUGUGCGAUCCAAGUGGCCCCCUUUCUAUUUCGACACUGGCUACUCGAUAAUCCCAAAGCGACCAUCCCGGCCAUUUCCGCCGCCCUUCCUAUCGCCACCGGCCACUUCAUUCUCUGAUGCCUUAACAACGCAUGAUAAGAGUCAUGACAGGCGGCCGUCGGUUAACGGGGAGCCUCUUCGUGGGCUGACAAAUGGAGACGAUGCGAUCCUCUGUACUCCAAACUUCCUGGGCGUGAACGACGGCGUCGGAGCUUGGGCGUCGAAGCCUCAGGGCCAUGCAGCAUUGUGGUCCAGAUUAAUACUCCAUUACUGGGCGUUGGAGGUCGAAAACCGCCUCACUGGAUCGCCGAAGCCGGACUUGAUCGAAUGUCUCCAGCGGGCAUAUGAAGAGACUGUUGAGGCAACCUCAUCUCCAAACGAGAUUCUUGGGACCACAACCACUGCAACUGCACUCCUAAGCUACAAAAUCAUAGGAGAGACCCCCACACCGUUCCUGCACGUCACCAAUCUUGGAGACUGCCAGACACUGGUUAUCCGUCCAAGAGAAAGGCGUAUUGUGUUCAAAACUGAAGGCCAGUGGCACUGGUUCGACUGUCCCAUGCAGUUAGGGACUAACAGUGUGGACAAGCCUCGAGAAAAUGCGGCAUUGUCGGUACUGGAGAUUGAGGAAAACGACAUCGUCCUGGUUGUGUCUGACGGAGUAACAGAUAACCUGUGGGACCAGGAUGUGCUAGAGGUUGUGCUCAAGAGUCUCGAGAAAUGGGAGAUAUGCAAGAAGAAGCGAGAGACGGCCGAGUAUCUCGAGAGUCGGGGCGGGAGAAUGGUAUACGUCGCUGAGCAGCUCUUGACUACUGCCAGAGCGGUUGCCAUGGACCCCGCCGCGCAAACUCCAUACAUGGAAAAGGCGCAGGAAGUAGGGCUAUCCGUCAACGGAGGCAAAAUGGAUGAUAUUAGUGUCGUUGCCGGCCGUGUUGUUCGGUCAGGCUAA